AUGCGUUCUAUUAUUUUUACUGCUAUUGCUCUCUUUACUGCUUCAGCAUGGGCUACAAAGAAUACAGACUUUUAUCCUGUCAAUUUUGCUGCUGAUGAUGCCUUUGCUGAUAAUACUGUGGAUAAUGCUGUUGGACUUAAUAAUACAUUUGUUACUUUCCGUUGGAGAGGUGAUAAUGUCUUUGCUGUUGAAUCCUUUGACUUUAAUCUUGAGGAUAAUGCACGUAUUCAAAUUACUGAUUAUAAGAAUCGUGGUGAUAUGUUCGAAGUCUUUGACAAUGGUGCCUCCUUGGGCCUUACAUCACAAGUAGAUAACAUAAAGGAUGAUCAAGUCUUUAUGGCCACCCCUCAAGAGGCACUUGAUGAUGAACGUUUCAGUAGAGGUGUCUUUGAUUUGGCUAAAGGACAACACAAGAUUACCAUUAAGGCUGUUGGUCCUUAUAAUGCUGGUACAGCUGCUAUUCGUAUCAUGGAUCAUGCAGAUGUUUCUUUCCAUAAGAAGGAGAACAAUAAUAAUAAUAAGAAGAAGGGUACUCGUGGAAGAUAUCGCCAACAAGGAUAUGAAUCUAAAGAGGAGACAAGUGAAGAUGAUAAAGACUCAUAUAAAGAUGAUAUGGACUUUUAUGGACACGGUAUUGAAAGUAACAAAAAUGGAAUGAGUGGCAGUGGUAGUGGCAGUGGUAGUGGCAGUGGUAGUGGUAGUGGUAGUGGCAGUCGUAGUGGUAGUGGUAGUGGUAGUGGUAGUGGCAGUGGCAGUGGCAGUGACAGUGGAUUUGAAUACAAUAUGCAAGCAGAUAAAGAUUGUGGUAUCCAUAAUCAUAGAGGACUAUCAAAUCAAGAAUAUGAUCUCUCUCAUACUAUUACUUUUACCAAGACCAAGUGGGUUGUUCAAUUGCCUAGCCACAUCUCUCAUAAUGAUCACAGUGAUCAAUCAUAUCUUUAUCUUACUGAAUUUGACGAAGACUAUUAA